CAGCUCGCAGUUGGAGGUCCGAGCUGCCGAGGUAGACGCAUACAAGCUCCGCGCUCCUUGCCAAAGAAGACUCUUUUGUGCGCUGGCAAAUUCCAGUGCUUAGAAGCGUGCACCGUAUAGCACUUGGUAAAGCUAGCCAACCAUGGCGCUUCCAGCUCGUUGAACUGCAUGAUUGUCGAACGCUCUCACCUCGGCCGACGUCACGUCCCGCGGUGGCUUGCCCCAGUUGCGUCACAUGUGCCCGUUGCUAUAGCAGCGAACUUUCUCGAGACGUUGGUCCCAACAUUCGACACCGCUGCUUCUUGUCGAUCACUUUCGAACAAUCCUCCUCAUGGGCAGCUCAACCACGACCGCAACACCAACGACGCCGCCCGUGGACGACACCACGAGUCAGAAGAAGGUGCUGACGUUCGACGAGACGCACGUGCACGCGCUGCGCGAAGGCGUGAGCGGCAGCAAGGUGUUUGUCAGCACACACUCGGAGAAGCACACGACUGUGGUCUUCACGGGCGCCCCGGCCGACCUCGAAGCCAUCAAAGCACAAGUGCACAUGUACAAGCUUGGUAGCCGCGUCCUCGAUUUGAGCCGCGACGCGACCACUGUGGAAGGCCGCGUGCUCAUGGAAAUCUUCCUCGACGAGGCGCAACCGCUGCGGGCGGUCGAGUCGGUCGGCAGCAGCGAGCUCGUGCUCGAGGACGGCACGCUCGCGCACCACGCGAUCGUCGAGAAGAUUGGGUCGGGCGCCAUUUUUGUGCACUUUACCAAGGACACGGUGUUGCAGCAGCUCCACACAGUGCUUCGCGGCUCGGGGCUCAUCCAGGUCGACGCCCCCAACCUGACGCUGCACGCCGGCCUCCAAGUCGACGUUGUCGGCUCGGGCUCGACGCACUUCCACGCGCUGCACCUGCGCGCGCCGACGAUGGCAACGAAAGUGACGGGCUCGGGCGACAUUUUGCUGGACGCGUCGCACCUUGGCACCGACAAGCUCAUGUCGAUGGUCACGGGCUCGGGCGCGAUCCGGUACUACGAAGCCGGUAUAGUCGGCGAGCACAUCGUCGACGUGAGCGGCUCGGGCAAGGUGCUCGCAACGUCGCUCCUCGCCGAGCGCGUGCUGGCGUCGGUCGUCGGCAGCGGCGAGGUGUGCACGCAGGCGAUGAAGGCGCUCGACGGGACAGUGUUUGGCUCGGGCGCCAUUGCAGCCUGCGACCCAUGGCCGGAGCACGUGGCCGUGAGUCCGCGCUUGACGAGCACAAUGCACGUGCCCAAGUCGUGGACGGCGCGCGGGCUGCCGACGCGCGACCUCAAGCUGGGUUUCCGCAAGCAACUCAACCUCUUUGGCAACACCAUCUCGAUCAACCUAGAUCUCUAAGCCCAUAAAUGGAGCUCUAAAGAUGAAUUCAUGUGCUUGUUUGUGCGAGGAG